CCACGAAGAAGAAACAAAAAGUCACGAUAGCAAGGCAACAGCAUGGGUAUAUGGCCAAGAGGGGACAGAGGCUGGGGUACAGAGGAACUGGAAAGCUAAGGAGGUACAGUGUGGUGUGAGACACUGUAUAGAGAAACGACCACGACCUGGAAACUGGGAGCUCCAGGCCCAUUUCCUCCCACUAUACCUCAGCCAUUUUUCCUGUUUCUCGUUCUGAUGCUGUACUUGGAAGUCCUGCAGUCUCUGGGAGUGGCUAAACAUUCUGAUUCCUGGCCCCACAUGCUUCACCACCAUGGACAUCGAGGCCUUGGUCUCCAGAUGGCAACCAAAGGAAGGUUAGAGACUGCUUCGACUCAGGAGUGGCUCUGGUCCUUUCUCUGCCAUGGCGUGUGAUCCCCAUAAAUAGCUUCAAUUUUCCUCCUUGAGGUCCUGAGGGCGCCCCAGGAGACAGCUUGGGACUUGAAUGUACCGUAUACUACAGUGCGACCUUGGGCAACUAUCUCUGGGUCUCGGGAUCUUCGGCGAAGCACUGUGAGUAAAGGCCGUGCUGUCCCCGCACAGCACCCUCAGGACCCGCAGAAGCGCACAGCCCCGCGCCUCGCACGCGGGACACCGGGAGCCGCAGGUCUGCCCAGACCCACCAGACCCAAGCACUGCAGGGGCGCAGGCUGAGGGGCGCGCACGGCGGUGCAUUGUGGGGCUUGUAGUCCGGCGGGGCUGGACGGGUGGGCGCGGCGCGGGCACCAUCUUCCGCGGCGGGCUGUUCAGCCUCGCGCCCGCCCCCGCGUCCCUCCCUAACCCGAUGGCGCCGCGACCGCUGGGCCCGUUGGUGCUGGCCCUGGGCGGCGCCGCGGCCGUUCUGGGCUCGGUGCUCUUCAUCCUCUGGAAAGCCUACUUCGGCCGCGGUCGGGAGCGGCGCUGGGACCGAGGCGAGGCCUGGUGGGGCGCGGAGCCUGCCCGCCUCCCACAGUGGGACGAGUGGGAGCCCGAGGAUGAGGAGGAUGAACCGGCGCUGGAGGAGCUGGAGCAGCGCGAGGUGCUGGUGCUGGGGUUGGAUGGCUCUGGGAAAAGCACGUUCCUGCGCGUGCUGUCUGGGAAGCCACCGCUGGAAGGCCACAUCCCCACCUGGGGCUUCAAUUCCGUGCGGCUCCCCACCAAGGAUUUCGAGGUGGACCUGCUAGAGAUUGGUGGCAGCCAGAACCUGCGCUUCUACUGGAAGGAGUUUGUGAAUGAGGUGGACGUGCUAGUGUUCAUGGUGGACUCAGCUGACCGGCUGCGGUUGCCCUGGGCACGGCAGGAAUUGCAAAAACUGUUGGACAAGGACCCUGACCUGCCUGUCGUCGUCGUGGCCAACAAGCAGAAUCUGACUUUGAGGAACCCGGCACCGUGCACAUCUGGAAACUGCUCUUGGAGCUUCUCUCCUAAGCUGGAGCCACCUGAUUGCCACCCAGCCAUGGAAACCACAGUUCUGCUGCCUCCUGCUUCUUCAUCACCAGCCUCAGCCUUGGGCAGGAGUCCUGUGGCAGCACUUCCCUUCUCCCCUGAAGAGCAAGGUCAAAAGAAUGCAGAAGCCUUCCUGAUGAGUCUGAAGCAGGGAGAUGGUAAGGCAGAGGAUGGGAAGAGAAUCAUGACGCCUUGUUAGGCUUGCCUUCCCUGCAUAGUAAGAUGCUCAGUAGGCUCAGACCUCCCCUCCCUGCAGGCCCUAGGGGUUGAAGAGCCAGUGUAUCGCAAGUACUCCUAGAACCUCAGUCUCCCAUCCCACACCAUUCUCUUCUGUUGACUUCAUGCAUUUCCCAUGUGGGCAGGUUCUGGGUGAUAAGAGUAAUUCUUGCUCCUACUCCUUUGUUACCUGUCCCAUCCCCUGCUCUGCCUAACUUGUGGCCUUGUGCAGUGUCUGCCUUUCUGGUGAUCAUUUUUAAAGGGAGGUGAUUUCCAUGUUAUUUUUAAAUGCUAGGCUGGGAUAAACCUGAAGAUUCCAGCAAGGCGUUUUCUAACACUGCCCUGCUGAUUAGGCCUGGCCUGUCAGCCUUUCUUGACAACAGAGUAAGUGCAGUUCACCAAACAGGGUGAAGUACAGGUUUUCCCCAAAUCUGGAGACAAGCUGCUGCUCUUGUACAAACUCUGCCAAUUCCCAUGUUUACAUAAGCCUGGAGAAGGAAGGAGUCCAGGUCCUGGAAUAAGACUACAGCUGGGGGUCAGCCUCAGAACUACAUUUUAUUUAUUUAUUUUUUUAUUUAUCAAAGGAAUAGGCCAAAGUUCUAGAUUCUGUUUCAGGUGCUGUAAACAAAAACCCAGGAGAUUAUCAUAGAAAAUUUGAAGCUUUGAGAAAAUUAGCUAGAAUCAUGAAUGACAGUGCGAUUAACUACAGGUGUCAAUGGAGAUACAGCUGUAAUUUCCUUCCCUCCCGUCCUUCUGACCACAGUUGGAGACAAGUACUGCACAGUAACGCACUUGUACUUAGAUUCUACCAUGUGGCCCAGGACAUAGGAUGGCACUAGUAGAAGAGAUGGCCUUAGGGACAUCACUGAGCCUUCUGGGACCAUUUUCCCUGGCAAAAGAAAAGAAACUGAAAUUCUGAGAUUCUCUCCAGUGCACAUUCCAAUUCAAGGCCAGUCUGUGUUGACACUAGUGCAAGCAAAGGAGCUUUCAGUCUGCCAGGGACCACUGUAUAAGAGAACAGCCACAAAUGGAGUGUUUUUCUUCAAAUCCCAUUGUUUGCUUUUAUUUUAAGACACAGUCUUGCUAUGUAGCUCUGGCUGGCCAGGAACUUGCUGUGUAAGCCAGGCUGGCCUGAAAUUCAUGGAUAUCCUCCUCCCCCUGCCUCCCAAAUGCUGGGAUUACAGGAUGCAUGAGCCAUCAUGACUGGCUUUCAGUUUGCCUUUUUUUUUUUCUAACAUUUUAAUUUUUAAAGUUUUAUGUGCAUAAACAUUUUACCUGCAUGUAUGUAGGUACACAUGUGUGCAAUGCCUGGAGACCAGAAGGCAGCACUGGAUUUCCCAGAACUGGAGUUAUGGUGGUUAUCUGCCAUGUGGGUGCUGGGAACUGAACCUGGGUCCUCUACAAGAGCAGCCAGUGCUCUUAACUGCUGAGCCACCUCUCCAGGCCCUGGUUUGCUUUUUGAGAAUAGACUGUGCUGUUGUAUGAUAUUUGCCCAACAUGCUUCCAUACUCCGCCUACUGCUAGUGCAAGAAGCAGGGAGUGGGAAGUUCCCAAUCCAGGAGGUGAGCAGGAUCAGGAGAGUGGCCUGCUGUGCCACUGGGCUCCCUUGUGAGAAUGGAAUCACCACUGAGAUGCAAAUCACUGCAGUAAGAUGUGAUUUUUCUGCUUUUGUAUUAAAUACUUAAGGAAUGACUUGGAUUUCAGAGUGCCCUUCGGAAUUUUGUUGGCAAUUUUUCCUCUUGUCAUUGGGAAGAUAGAACCUGUAUCUUUAAGAACUCCUCCACCUUACUCUCUAGAGCUUGAAACUUAUACCUUGGAACCAGAAUUGAUUGUUAAAGACAAGUUUUUCCUAAUUAAGAUCUGCCUUUGUCUAAUGUGUGUUAUUAUGUAGUACAACUGUUACAUUCCCCAAAGGAGAGGGAGUAAACCUAAGAAUAAAAGAGUUCCACUAUGUC